AUGGAUACCCCGCCCACACCAUCCCCUCUCUUGGCCUUGCCUGCCGAACUCAUCCAGCACAUCCUCAGCUUCCUGCCGCUCUACGAUUUGCUCACAGUCAGUCUUGUCUGUCAUGGGUUGAAGGAGCAUUCUCGUGAAGACACGCUGUGGCAGCUGUUUGUGCAAGAACAGGUUCCGGGACGCAAUGUGCCAAAGCCCAGGAACCUGUCCUGGAGGGAGGUGUUCCAGCAACACCAUCCCUACUGGUUUCUGGCCAAGAACAAGAUCUGGUUCGCCGACACGGCACACACGGGCAAGCUGAUUGUCGCGCGGUAUGAUCACCGCAUCAACGCAAUCGAAGCGUACGCACUCGUCGCCGAGCGGAAACGCCCUGUGAUGCAGAUCUGGGAGUGGAAUCCAGAGGCCAUCAUCCACACGUUCCAGCCAAAAGUGCAGCUGGACAUGGUGUCUCCGGUCAUACGACUGAACGGAAACUCGUACGACCGCGUCUACGGCGACCGACUGCAACACGAGAUCCACCUGGACGUUCACCAGGAAGUACUGGACGCAAGCGCUGGAAUCCGAUCGAGACUCUUGCUCGCCCGGCCCUGGCCCAAAGACAUCAUCACCAAAGCAACGCCCGUGUGGCCACCGCUCGUCCUCCCGAGCACCGAGCGCACACGCAACGACACAUCACCGUCCGGCUUCCGCCACACCGCCAGCAAGCCAGCGCGGCUGCACGAGCUGUCGACCAAUUCGUUCCGGAUACGGCGGUGGAUGGAGUUUGCCUCGCGCGCCAACGGCGUGACGAUGCGCGUUGGCGAAGACAUCACGACGUUUGCCACCCUCCCUGAAUCCAGCUACACGCCUACGCCCCAGAAGCCAUGGCAAGGGAUCUGGGUCGGCGACUAUGCCGGCCACGGCUGCGAGUUCCUGCUCGUCACGCAGCCCGACGAACCCCACCCGCUGCCGGAGAGAGCCGAGUGGGCGAUGCGCGCGAGAGAGCGCGAGGGCAGCGUGAGCAGCGCGGGGAGCUGGAGCACUGCGCCCGCCGAGGCAGACACGUCGUCGUCUUCGGACGAAGAAGAGACGUUUGAGACCGCCUCCGACGCGGAACUUGAAGACAGCGUGGCGACGCUGCAGGGAGCAGACAUACGCGCCGACUACGACAUGGUGGAUGCAGAGGAGGCCCCAACAGACGACGAAGACUCGAUCUACCGCGGCAGGAUCGAGGCCGUUAAGCUCACGGGCGACCCGAACAUACCGCGCGGGGAGUACACGUUCAUCGCGCCGGACAUUGGGCCGGACGGGCUGGUCCGCGUCGCGACCGAGGACAUGUUCAAGGGCGCGCGCAUCGUCAAGAGCGUUGGCCACAUUGCGGCGCACGGGUUCAGAGAUGACACGUAUAUGACGUCGCAGCUCAUUCUCGUCUCGCACGAUCGAUUAGCGCAGUACUGGGAGACGUUUGGGCACGUGUCGUUUUACCAGCGCGUGGACCUGGACCAGUUUGUAGGGGUGUGA